UUUGUAUCUAAAGAUGCAACGGCAACGCCAAGCUGCCUACAUGAGGAGAAGCCUUUUCGAUCAGAUGAACAAUUUAUUCAGCUAGAAGAACUACAAGAUGAUGCUAAUCCUAACUUCGUGGAGGAAGUCGUCAAUCUAUUUUUUACCGAUUCAGCUAGAUUUAUCCGUAAUAUUGAGCUUGCUCUGGCAAAUGGACCUUAUGAUUUUAAUAAACUGGAUGAUAUGAUGCACCAAUUCAAGGGUAGCAGCUCAAGAUGAAGCCACUGCAGCAGAUAAUGAACCCUUUUCUUGUGACGACUAUCAUGUUGGUACUGGGCCUGUGAAUAUGAAUACAAGUACUGGUAAUAGCAGUGGGAAGCGGACUAUGUUAGAAAUGUGAUAUUGAUUUUGCAUCUUUAGUAUAUUGAAGUAAAGCAGAAUAUGAUAAUAGUUAAACAAUAGCAUGUUUGAUUGUUUAUUUCAAGUAGGAUAAUUAAAUUGUGGCGGUUUUCAUAGUUUUUACAA